AUGUCUUCGUCGAAUGUGGAGCAGCAGAAUGAUACUGUGGAAGCAGCGACGACAUCACAAUGGUUACCAGGCAAAGAAAAGGAGCAGAACCCACAGCUUCACAACUUUGCUCUCGUUGAUAGAAGUAUUCAGCAGAUCGGACUUGGCAGAUACCAAUGGCGCAUGUUCUUGACUUGUGGCUUUGGCUUCUUCCUGGAUAGUAUGCUUCCUGCCUCUGUUGGAAUAGUGUUACCACAAAUCGUGAAGCAGUGGUCUGUAAAAUAUCCUAGCAUGAUCUUGCUACCAGGUGGCGUUGGCGCUUUGGUAGGAGCUCUUCUUUGUGGAAUGUUUGCGGACUUUGUUGGCCGUAUUGUCAUCUGGCGGUGUUCUCUCCUACUUGUCGCCGUCUUCACGCUCACAGCUGCGGCGUCGCCCAAUUUUACAGUGCUCUCCGUCUUUCUGGGCCUUCAGACACUGGCCGCUGGUGGGAACUUUGCUGUUGACCUCGCAGUUUUUGCUGAAAUGCUGCCAAAAGGCAAAGGUUACAUGAUCACGGCAAUCACUUCCUGGUCGAGCGUUGGAGUUGCUUUGGGGGGUUAUCUAGCCUGGCCGCUCAUUACCUUUUACUCUUGCCCACAAUAUUCUACUCCGCAAACAUGCAGGAACAGCGACAACAUGGGCUGGCGCUACCAAUAUGUCUUGAUUGGAGGGCUAUCGCUGAUAGCAGCGCUGAUCAGAAUUUUCGUCAUGAAAAUGGAAGAGUCCCCCAAGUGGUUGGUGGCUAUGGGGAGAUUCGACGAUGCUGUGGUCAUUUUAAAAAAAAUGGCCACGGUCAAUCGUACAUUGGUUGAUAUUUCGCCUCAGGACUUUCAGCCAAUCACGGUCAUCACAACCGCAGAGAGCCACAACGUCAGCCAUUUGGCCUUGAUCAAGAGAUUGUUUGCAAAUAGAAAGCUUGCUUAUUCGACGUCUGGCAUUCUUCUACUUUGGAUGUGCAAGGGCAUUGCUACACCCUUGUACGGCAUCUAUCUUCCCAUCUACCUUCAGAACAACGGCGCCAAGCUAGGAAACGGGAGCACAUUUCAGACAUACCGAGACUAUGCUAUAUCAAACACUGUGGCUAUACUCGCACCCAUUUUUGCGACAGCAAUCAUCGAUCUCCCCGUUAUAGGAAGAAGGCGGGGUGUAGCAAUUACAGCGGCCUGCGCUGCGGCCUUCUGCGGCGGCUUUACCUCUGUCCGAACAGCGGGCGCCAAUAUAGCCUUCUCUAGCAUGGUUAGCUUCUGGCAAACUGCAUGCUACGCAAUGGUGUUCUCUUAUACACCUGAAGUGAUGCCUACUGCUUCGAGAGCCACUGGCUGUGGGCUAGCCUUUGCCUGUGGCAGGUUAGCGUUCUUGGCUGCACCCUUCAUUGCAACAUUCGGUGAUUUGAAGACUUCUGUCCCGCUCUGGGUCGUUUUUGGUCUCCUGGGCUUGAUUGCGGUUACUGCGCUGUCCCUUCCCUAUGAGCCGAAGGACUUUCCCGAGGAUUAA